AUGAACUUUGCUGUUGAUAAUAAUAAGGAUAUUAGCUUCAUUUUUAGUAAUAAUGAGAAUACAAAUUUUACUGCUGAUAAUAAUAAAAGUGUAAGUGUUGCUGAUGAUUAUUAUGCAGAUUCUACUAUUAAUUCAAAUAAUAGUAGUAUUUUGAAUAAUUACAUUUCAAAACAAGCUAGACAAUGCAUAUCUAUU